AUGCGGGUGCGGCGCCUUCGGAGGUAUCAGACCAUGAUCGCCCACCAGUGGAGAAAUGGCCAGAUUCUCACCUCCAUGCUCGGACACUUCUCGUUCGAGGACACACCGACGCUGAUUGGUGGUGACUUGAAAAAGGACGUGAGCACAGUCAAGAAGUUGCUCAUCGUACUCACAAAGUUAAGCCUGACAAACGCGGCCGAGAUCAGGGAGAUCACGGGCAUGCUGUGGAACACGGUGCUCGUCGAAGUCAAGUCGCCUAUCGUCGUCGAGAUGAUGGCUCAAGGAAAGUCAUGCCACGAGAAGAGCAAGAAGGCCAAAGGCGACCCCGCCGCUCAAGACCGCCUUGGUCCGCCGUACGUGCACAUCUUUGCAGGGCUCAUGCUCGGACCGUCCAAGACAGAGCCACAGUUGGAGGAGACUCACACGAACAGUCUCACCGAGUUCUGGACCCAGCAAGUGACAUCAGAGGGCAAGACGCCGCUCGACCUCUUGGGCAAAGUGAUGCACUGCAAGUGCAAGGCGGCCAAAGUGAAGGACGGGGAGCCAGGCCUCGCGAAGGUGACGAUCGCGAUGAGCAUGGAGUUCGGCGCAGUGCAGGUGGCGAUCUUGGCAGCACUCGUGGCGAACGGAGGCAUCAAGAAGCACGGGCCAGCUCCCAGGGGCCCGCUGGAGCGCGCAGCUCAGGAGCUUCUCGAGGCCCUGAACCUCGUGGGCUGGGUCGUGGUGAUCUCUUCCAUGUCGUGUGGGAGGCAGACGGAGCUGCGCAACUGGCUGCUCGCCUACUUGGUCGGGGUCGUGGCCGAGGUCGGCCUGCUCGGCCUCGCCCGCAUCGGCCACAACAAGCUCGUGCAGGACUUGGACUGGCACCUCGGACCUGGCUUCGUGAGGCGGGGCGGGGAGCAUGAAGACAAGGAUAAGGGACCAGCCCCGUAG